UUUCAGACAUCAUAAUUUGGAAACUUGAAAUCCCAGCAGCAACUAAUCCGACGCAGCCUGCAUUCCACUAGACCACAUCACGAAUCACAAGCUCCAGCAGCUUUUCAAUCACCUAGUCACGUGGGCAUACACCUUCAUCUAGCUCCAAUGUCCAGAAUUUCAACGAUCAACACACCAGAUGGUCUCUCCUGGCUUGUUCGCCAAUCCGGAUCUCCUUCGAGCCCACAUUUAGUCCUAAUUCCCUCCGGCGAGGGCGAUAGCUUCGUCUUUGAGACCCUUCUAUCGCUGCUCUCCCCACACUUCCACAUCACAACUGGGGCGAAAAGUGAAUGUGGAGAUGACUGACUUGCAUUAAGAGGUGUUCGAUCUGCCUUAAGGCAGAUCGUGCUGACUAAUCUAAGACUAGGGCUAGGACUAGUUAUGCUACAACAACCUUUGAUAUGCCCGGCUUUUCCCAAACCACUGGCCCUACGGCCCUAAUUGCUCUCUCCCUCCGCAAGAUUGCCACUCAAAUCACAGAACUUAUGGCCUAUCUACGCAUCCCAGCUGCUGCAUUCUGGGGCUGUUCUUCGGGAGGUCUUGCUGCACUUGCAAUCUUGAAAUUUUACCCUGAGAGAGUGAGGAAUAUUGUUAUCCACGAAGUGCCGUUCGGCGCGCCCGACUUUGUGUACGCACUGAAGGAGCAGAGUGAUGAGGCUGUUGUGAGUUCUUGCAGGGUGCUUUUCAGAGACGCGAUGGUCGGUGAUCCCGAGGCAUGGGAUGCGCUUGGGGAGGAGUAUCAUGAGAGACUCGAAAAGAACUACGUCACCUGGAUCCGACACUACGCCGGAGUCCUCGAAAACGAAAAUUGGGAAGCAGUUGUGAAAGACAACACAAAAAGAAUCUCAUGGAGUGUAGGUGGUCAGUCACAUAUGGCGUUCUUCUUCGAAAAUGUAGUCCUUGCUUCGAAAUGUGGGAUCGAUGUGCAGCUUUUAGACUGCAAGCAUUUCCCUCAAGUCACUCUCCCUGAUAAACUGGCACAAUGGAUCAAGAGUUGUUGCGAGAAAGCAGAAGCGAAUUGUUGUUUCAAUGAAACUUGGGAUUGAUUUCUGGAAGUCUUCGGGAGAAGUAUUCAUGAGGGACAUAUACUCAGAACUACAAAUAAGGAAAAUUACAGUCUGAAGAAUAGUUCGUAUGCCUAUCGUUUUAUUUGAGCUCGGGAGGAGAAACUCUAAU